AUGGUACAUCACAAUAUUCAGAUCGGAUUAAGCAACAUGCUGAGCGAAGAAAUCCCAGAUGACGAUCCAGUCAAAAGCAAUGAUGAAGUCACACGACAGAGCAAUGUGACGUACGGCAUCGACGAUCUGCCUCCCUGGUACUUGUGCAUCUUUAUGGCAUUGCAGCACUACCUGACCAUGAUUGGAGCGAUAGUUGCCAUUCCCUUCAUCCUGUGUCCAGCUCUAUGCAUGCGGGAGACUGAUCCUGACAGAUCCAAUAUCAUCUCAACUAUGAUAUUCGUUACUGGGCUCAUCACUUGGCUACAGGCGACAUUUGGGUGCCGCUUGCCUAUAGUUCAAGGCGGCACCAUCUCCUUCCUGGUGCCGACCCUGGCUAUACUAGGGCUGCCAGCCUGGCGGUGUCCGGCGGCGGACGUUCUCGACGCAAUGUCGGAUGACGAGCGCCGUGCCGUAUGGACCACUCGAAUGUGUGAGCUAUCCGGAGCUAUUGCAGUCUCUGCUACACUUCAGAUGGUCUUUGGCUAUUUUGGUGUUUUCGGGCAGCUACUGCGUUUCGUGACUCCACUGACGAUUGCCCCAACUGUGGCUUUGGUAGGCUUGACGCUGUUCGAUCACGCGGCUGAAGCAGCUGCCCAGCAGUGGGGCAUCGCGGCUGGCACAUUCGUUCUGCUAACGAUAUUUUCACAAUGCAUGACUGAGAUCACUAUACCAACACUGGCCUGGCAUAAGGGGAGGGUCACCAUCACAUGGUUCCCGCUCUUCAAACUCUUUCCAGUUCUCUUGACGAUAGCGAUCAUGUGGACGGUAUGCGGUAUUCUGACGGUGACUGAAGUCUUUCCACCUAACCAUCCGGCCAGGACUGACGUGAAGCUGAAUAUCAUCAUGGAUGCGCCUUGGUUCCGAGUGCCUUAUCCAGGUCAAUGGGGUGCUCCAACGGUAAGUGUCGCUGGAGUGCUGGGAAUGCUGGCUGGUGUUUUGGCAUGUACAGUGGAGUCCAUCAGUUACUAUCCCACUACAGCUCGCAUGUGCGCUGCUCCACCACCUCCGCUCCACGCUAUCAACCGUGGUCUCGGUACAGAGGGUCUGGGCACAAUAAUAGCCGGUCUCUGGGGAUCUGGUAACGGGACUAAUACGUUCGGUGAAAAUGUCGGUGCUAUUGGAGUUACUAAGGUGGGAUCACGGCGUGUAGUGCAGUGGGCUGCAGCGCUGAUGGUGCUACAAGGGGUCGUGGGUAAAAUGUGUGCAGUCUUCAUUAUAAUACCACAGCCCGUCAUCGGAGGUCUGUUCUGUGUUAUGUUCGGAAUGAUAUCUGCCUUUGGUCUCUCUGCCCUGCAAUAUGUCGACCUCAACAGUUCUCGCAAUCUUUAUAUCAUUGGGUUCAGUCUAUUCUUUCCAUUGGUGCUGACCAGAUGGAUGGCAGCAAACAGUGGGGUCAUACAAACUGGUGUCGAAGCUCUCGAUGCUGUGCUGCAAGUAUUGUUGUCUACCUCAAUACUGGUGGGAGGCAUUGUUGGAUGUAUGCUAGACAAUUUAAUACCAGGUACGGAUGAAGAACGAGGCCUGGCUGCGUGGUCCCAGCAAAUGUCCCUUGAUGCUGCCGGCGCAACCGACGGUGGAGACACUUACGAUUUCCCUGUCGGCAUGACUUAUAUCCGUAGAUGGAAGUGGACCAGUUACUUACCGUUCAUGCCGACGUAUCAAGCUGGCAAAUUCACCGCACUAUUUCGUAAGAAGGAAAGCUGA